AACAAUAAAAAUAUGGUCGUGAUUUCCGGUUCCGCUGGCCCCGCCCCCUCUUCCCAAACACGCGGAUCUCUUCCGGGUUCUUCAUCCUUUGUUCCCUGUUCGUCAGCAGCCCAGAAGCGGGAGUGUUGAUAAAGCUGUAAGAGAGCUGCAGCAGCAGCAGUUGAUGAACUCUGGAAAGAAGUCCAGCAGCUUGAGGAACAUCUGGUCAAAGAAACUGGAGGGAAGCAGGAGCUCAAACAGCGGCAGGACGCAGCAGAGGAAGAGACACCAGAUGAUGGAUGAUGUUUUCCAGCCCAGAUUAGUGCUGCCAGCAGAUGUUAAAGAAGAGGCUCCUGAAGAACAGAGUCCUGAUGUGGAUCAGCAGGAGCCAGAGUCCCUCCAGAUAAAGGAGGAACAGGAGGAACUCUGGACCAGUCAGGAAGGAGAGCAGCUCACUGUGAAGGAGGAGACUGAUACCAUGUUUCCAUUAACUGCAGCUCCUAUCAAGAAUGUUAAAGAAGAGGCUCCUGAAGAACAGAGUCCUGAUAUGGACCAGCAGGAGCUGGAGCUCCUUCACAUAAAGGAGGAAAAUGAAAGAAUCUGGGCCAGCCAGGAUGGAGAACAACUGAAUGUUAAGAAGGAGACUGAUUAUACCAGGUUUCCAGUAACUGUUCAUGUGAAGAGUGAAGAGGAUGAGGAGGAACCUCUGUUCUCUCAGCUUCAUCGACAACAAACAGAAGACAGAGAUCUUCCAAGAAGCAUCUCAGCUGACCAGAUAAAAGCAGAAAUUAAAGAAGAGGACUGUGGGACAUCAGUAUCCAGCAGGAACCCAGAUCUAAAUACUCAUAGAGACACUUCCACCUAUUCAGAGACUGAAGACAGUGAAGAUGAUGAAGAGGAUGAUGAUGAUGUGAAGCAUCAUGAAUCUGAGCUUAAACGAUUGUCAGAUUCUGAAACAGAAGAAGGUGAGGAGGAUUGGAAGGAGAGCAGGACUCCAGGGUCAGACAGAAACACUGUCAACAAAUCUUUGAGCUGCUCUGAGUGUGGGGGCAAAUUUGCUAAAAGACGCUCUCUUCAUAGUCACAUGACAUGUCAUCCAAGAUUAACGUCUUCAGAUUGUUCUGGUAGUGAGACGUGUUUCAGAGAGAAGAAAAUAAUAGAUUCACUGACAAAAGUCCAGACGAGUAGUAAAAAUUUUAACUGUGGUGAGUGUGGUAAAGGUUUUAACAGGAAACAGGAUUUAAAAAGACACACGACACUCCACACAAGAGACAAACCCUUUAAUUGUGAUGCUUGUCAGAAAAGCUUUUACCAAAAAUCAACUUUGAACCAGCACAUAAAAACCCACAAAGAGGAGAAAUCCAUUGGUUGUAACACUUGUGGAAAAAGAUUUGCCUACAAGUCAGAUUUAAACAUUCACAUGAGAAUCCACACUGGAGAAAAACCCUUUAGUUGUGGUAAAUGUGGAAAACGAUUUUCCCAGAAGUCAAGUUUAGACAAACACAUGAGAAUCCACACAGGAGACAAACCCUUUAGUUGUGAUGUUUGUGGAAAACAAUUUGCCUGCAAGUCAGUUUUAAGGACCCACGUGAGAAUCCACACAGGAAACAAACCCUUCAGUUGUGGUAAAUGUGAAAAAAGGUUUUCCCAGAAGUCAAGUUUAGACAAACACAUGAGAAUCCACACAGGAGACAAACCCUUUAGUUGUGAUGUUUGUGGAAAAAGAUUUGCCUGCAAGUCAGUUUUAAGGACCCACGUGAGAAUCCACACAGGAAACAAACCCUUCAGUUGUGGUAAAUGUGGAAAAAGAUUUUCCCAGAAGUCAAGUUUAGACAAACACAUAAGAAUCCACACAGGAGACAAACCCUUUGGUUGUGAUGCAUGUGAAAAGAGAUUUAAACAAAAGUCACAUUUAAACAAACACAUGAGAAUCCACACAGGAGACAAACCCUUUGGUUGUGAUGCAUGUGAAAAGAGAUUUAAACAAAAGUCACAUUUAAACAACCACAUGAGAACACACACAGGAGACAAACCUUUUGGCUGUGAUGCAUGUGGAAACAGAUUUGCCUACAAGUCGAAUUUAGACAAACACAUGAGAAUUCACACAGGAGACAAACCCUUUAAUUGUGAUGUUUGUGGAAAAAGAUUUGCCUGCAAGUCAGCUUUAACCAGACACGUGAGAAUCCACACAGGAGACAAACCCUUUAGUUGUGGUAAAUGUGGAAAAAGAUUUGACCAAACGCCAGCUUUAGACGAACACAUGAGAAUUCACACAGGAGACAAACCCUUUAGUUGUGAUGUUUGUGGAAAAAGAUUUGCCUGGAAGUCAGUUUUAACCAGACACGUGAGAAUCCACACAGGAGACAAACCCUUUGGUUGUGAUGCAUGUGGAAAGAGAUUUUACCAAAUGUCAGCUUUAGAUGGACACAUGCGAACCCACACAGGAGAGAAUCCCUUUAGUUGUGAUGUUUGUGGAAAAAGAUUUGCCUGGAAGUCACAUUUAAGCAUACAUGUGAGAAUCCACACAGGAGACAAACCCUUUAGUUGUGAUGCAUGUGGAAAGAGAUUUUACCAAAUGUCAGCAUUAGACAAACACAUGAGAAUUCACACAGGAGACAAACCCUUUGGUUGUGAUGUUUGUGGAAAAAGAUUUGCCUGGAAGUCAGCUUUAACCAGACACAUGAGAAUCCACACAGGCGAGAGAAGCCCUCUGUUUGAGAUGCUUGUGUUAUAAGAUUAUAAGAAAAGUCCAAUUUAAACCCACACAUGAUAACUCACAGAGGAACUAAACCCUCAAGUUGUGAUGCUUGUGCAAGUCAUUUUUACCGCUCACCUCUAAGGGUAUAAUUGCAUGUAGACAUUGAGGGUUCAGAGUUAGGGGGGGGCAGACCAGACCCUAUUCCCCACCGUUUUUUUUCUUUUUAAAUGCACACUACAACAACAUACAUCAACACCACAUUUGAC